AUGUCCCUCUCGACCAAAACGCCUCUUGAGAUCUUGAUUCUGGGUGGAGGCGUGGCAGGUCAGUUCCAAUUCGGCUUCGACAGCCUCACGAUGCUUACAGAAUUCUANGGUCUUACGGCUGCCAUGGCCCUAGCCAAGUUCUCACCGGCAUCAGCACCGCCAAAGAUCAGAGUCUUCGAGAUUCGACCAAAACCUGGUGUCAUCGGUGGAGCAGUCAAUCUCACACCCAAUGCGCUCAGAUUGCUCGACCGCCUGGACGUGCUGCCGAUUAUGCGACAAAACGAAUAUGGCUUGGAGAUCGAUUGUAUCGAGGUGUUUAGCGUAUACCAGCCGGUCCAGUUGGGAGAGUCAAGCUUCAGAGGACCUGAGGGUAAAGGUCUCGGAGACCCACCAUACAAAGUACGUUAUCAUUUGAAUAUGCUUGAUGUACAUGCUAAUGCAAUAUACAGNGCUCUACGAGUGACUCGCGCAGACGUCAUGAAAGCCCUUGUCGAGGCCGUCGAAAAGUGUCCGAACGUCGAGUUCACCUGCGGAAUGAAGACCACAAAGAUCGAAGAGGACGAGGAGAAAGGCGUUACAUUGACCUUCGAGGACGGAACAACCGCUCAUGGAGACAUGCUAGUAGGCUGUGAUGGUAUCCACAGUGUCGCACGCCUAAAGCAUGUCGAGCCCGAGCGCAAGGAGAUCUACUCCGGCAUUGCAAAUGCAUUUGGCUUCGCACCUCUCAAUAAGGACAACCCCAAGAUUCAGGAUGCUAGCCAACUGCACUUCAACAAGACAGCGAUUAACUUUGCACGUCGUGGAAUGAUGCUCUCGAGUUUCUAUGAGCCGACAAAGACUUCAGUCUAUGUGGGCGGUGUAUUGCAGGUUCCCGAGAUCGAAUCACGUGAUGGCUGGAAGGUCCGCGGCGCCGAUCAAGAGCUCACGAAACAAGACAUGCGAGAGAGGUUCGCUACUGACGAUGUCGUGUUUGAUGACCUCAAAGCGCUGAUUGACACGGCUGAAGACUGGUUCAUGUGGCCCAUCUUCACUCUACCGCCAGAAGGCCGCUGGGCAACACAACGCACCAUGCUGUUAGGUGAUGCAGCUCACGCGAUGCCACCACAGGGCGAGGCUACUGGUAUCGUGCUUGAAGAUACCGUGCUCUUCGCAAGAUGUUUGGCAAGGCAACAGGAACUCGGUACUGGAAGCUUCAGCGAUGCAUUUGCAGCCUACGAGAGAUUACGCAGAGAUCGCAUCAACGCUGCGUUCAAAGAGUCUGGAGCAGUCGUCAAGACUGUCCAGGAUGCUGGUUGGUUAGGCCACAAGAUCAAAUGCUUUGUUGUGCCGUGGUUUUUAUGGUUCACAAGUGGGAAACGAGAGAGACAUUUCACUGAGGACGUGACCACAUCUGAUCUUGGAUUUUGA